CCCUAAACCAGAAGAGCAAGCCAAAGAUGAUCCAUUGUCUCUCCCUCUCCGGUCUCUCCUCCUCCUAUCUUGCCAAAACCCCUAACCCCAACUCAAUCUCCGCCUCUCCAAACCCUCCACUCUUCAUCAAAUUCCGAACAUCGUACCACCAAAACCUCCGGUACCUGAAGCACAUUGGCGUAAUCGAUUCCAAAACAAAGUCCAACAAACUCCCACUCCCUGAUACCGUCGACCAAAUCCUCGUCAGCGUCGAGUUUCUGAAAUCGAAAGGCUUCUCCGACGCUGACUUCGCAAGGUUAGCCUUUCUCUGCCCCCAGCUCUUCUCCUCCGACUUCGAUCCAACUGACAUUGCACCUGUUUUCGAUUUCUUGACCACCGAAUUACAAGCUUCAGUUGAAGAAUCUUGUGGUUUGGUUGUGAAGUGCCCGCAGAUUCUGUUCUCAGAUGUCGAAUUCUGUCUCCGGCCGACGCUUAAUUAUCUGAAGCAAUUAGGGCUGGAGAAGUUGAAUGUCCCCAGUACUUUAAACGCACAUCUUCUCAACACAAGAGUGGAGAAACUGCGAGCCAAGAUUAAGUUCCUGAAGAGUCUAGGGUUUUCAUAUGAAGAGGCUAAACGGGUUUGUGCAAGAUUGCCGGCUAUAUUUGGUUACAGCAUUGAAAAUAACUUGAGACCCAAGUUUCAUUACUUGGUAGAAGAAAUGGAAAGGAGUGUGGAGGAAUUGAAGGAGUUUCCACAGUACUUUGCCUUCAGCCUGGACAAGAGGAUAGCACCAAGACACAUGCACUUGAGACAGAGGAAUGUUAAGGUCCAGUUGCACAAAAUGCUGUUGCUCAGUGACACAAGUUUUUACAAGAAGUGGAACAAGACUUUGGCUGAGGGGCCAGAUGCUGAUGAACCAGCUCAGAGUCAAAGACAAGGAAAUCAAAUGAGGCGCAGGCAAGUUGGCCUGGGGAAUUAACUAUACUGUUCUUUUCUUUUACAAAGUACUUUGAUCAAGUCAUAGAAUUGAGAUUCUUACGAAUGUCGGGUAAGCAAUCGGGUAAACCCUAAUUAAGGGUCCUGGAUAAUAUUUUCCAUUAUAAAUAAACCCUU